AUGGAGCAUGACUUCAAGUUCUUCGGAGGCUCCCUGGGAUGUGCCGAGGGCGAGAAGCUCACACGAGGCUUCGAGUACGCCAAGCAGCAUGGGCUCCCAGUGGUCGUCAAGUGCGCAAGCGGUGGAGCGCGGAUGCAUGAGGGCACUUUGUCCCUGAUGCAGAUGGCCAAGGUUUCCUGCGCCGUUUCCGCCUUGGCCUCGGCGGGCUUGCCCUUCAUCACUCUCCUUGUGGACCCCUGCUAUGGAGGCGUAAGCGCCUCGUACGCCAUGCAGGCCGAUGUGCGGAUUGGCGCAGAGCGGGGCCGAUUGGGGUUCUCCGGGCCGCAAGUGAUCCUGAACACACAGUUCGGCAUGCAUCAGUCGGCCUACGAUCGCGAGUGCCCGGAGGAUUUCCAGAGCAACGAGUUCGGAAUGCGUCAUGGUAUGGUGGACUUGGUGGUGCCCCCAGAAGAAAUGGAGUCCAUCGCUUGGCAGGUGCUGUCCGUGCUGGCAGCGAAGCCACAGCAGGCUCCCUCAACCUCCCUGUCGAUCACACAGUUCGAGUGUGGGAACCCAGUCUACGUGAACUCGCGCCUCCUCAACCGCUACGACUCCUCGGACAUUCUCAAGGAGCUCGCGGUCCGCUUCAUCGACCUCGGUGGCGACGGCAAGGGCCCCAAUGGCCUGGACAGGUGCCUGCGCUGCGGCCUCGCCACACUGCAGAGCGGCCGCAGCGUCGUGGUCAUGCGCUGCUGCAAGGGUCACACUCCCACAGAGAGAGAGCAUCACAACCACGCGAUGCCCACGCCUGCUGGCUACAGGACGGCCUUGCGGUUCUUCGACCUCGCGGAGCGCUUCAACCUCCCCGUGGUCACCUUGGUGGACACAGUCGGAGCCUGGCCUUCCUUCGCAGCGGAGACGGCGGGCCAGAGCGAGGCCAUCGCCACGAACCUGACCAAGAUGGGCGGCCUGAAGGUGCCGAUUGUGACCAUCAUCGUCGGGGAGGGCGGCUCGGGGGGUGCUUUGGCCAUCGCCAUGGGCAACAAGAUUGGGAUGCUGUCUCAGGCCUAUUACUCGACCAUCACGCCUGAAGGGGCGGCCUCCAUCUUAGGGAGGUACAAGGAUGAUGACCACAAGAAGGUACAGUUCCCGGAGGACUGCUUGGCCUUGGCUUCCAAGCAGAACAUCUAUGCCCCGCAGUUGAAAGAGCUGGGCGUCAUCGACGAGGUGAUCUGGGAGAAGGAGGGCGAGGACUGCAAGUCUUUCCCUGGGACGAUGGGCAACAUCAGCGCCUUUGUGGAGGCAAGUCUCCAGGAGCUUGCUGCGUUGGACUCGGGGAAGCUUGUGGAGCAACGCUACCAGAAGUUCCGGAGCAUGGGGAAGUUCAAAGAGUACAGCCCUCAAGAGAGGGAGGCCCUCACCUCGGAGGAGAAGGGCAAGAAGCAGCGCGUUGUGCCGACGCCUCCGAAGAUCCUCCACUUCCUCACGGAGAGGACGCUGAAGGGAGCCCACUCCUUCUUCAAGGGCAAGGGCCCCAGCGACUGCCCACGCAGCUGCUUCCUGAAGGUGGAGCCCGAAGCUGCUGCGAAGCCCGAGCGCAACGCGAAGCAGAUCCUCGACGAGGAGGGGCCAGAAGCCAUGGCAAGGUGGGUGCGCGCCACUUCGAAGGAGCGAGUGCUGUUGACGGACACGACGCUGCGCGACGCGCACCAGUCUCUGGUGGCGACGCGCAUGCGGACAGCCGACAUGCUCAAAGCCGCCCCAGAGAUGAGCAAACACCUGCACCAGUACUUCUCCCUGGAGUGUUGGGGUGGUGCCACCUUCGACGUCGCAUACCGGUUCCUGCAUGAGGACGCCUUCCGGCGCCUCGAAGAGCUCCGGGCCGCGAUCCCCAACAUUUGCACGCAGAUGCUGCUGCGGGGCGCCAACGGAGUCGGCUACAAGUCCUACCCUGACAACGUCGUCGAGGAGUUCGUUCGCCAGGCUGCGACUUCAGGGAUGGAUGUGUUCCGCAUCUUCGAUUGCUUCAACGACAUUGAGCAGAUGAAGGUCUCCAUUAACGCGGUGCGUAAGAUGAACAAGGUGGCCGAGAUUGCCAUGUGCUUCACAGGAGACUUCCUGAGCCCAGAUGAGAAGAUCUACACGCUCGACUACUACAAGGAGCUUUGCAAGAAGUGCGUUGAUGCGGGAGCUCACAUGAUUGCCAUCAAGGACAUGGCCGGGUUGCUGAAGCCAGCUCAUGCCGCCCCGAUGAUUCAGGUCAUCCGGUCAGUUUGUGACUUGCCCAUCCAUUUCCACACGCACAACACCUCCUCGGCGCAGCUCGCAACCCUGCAUGCCAUGGCCGAUGCCGGCUGCGACAUCGUGGACGGCUGCUUCGCGGCCUUCGCGGAUGGCACCUCGCAGCCCUCGCUGAACGCCUUCGUGGCGACCAUGGAGGGAAGGAAGCUCGAGGGCCUGGAUACCUACUGGGCGUCCGUGCGGGACAUGUACAGCCCCUUCGAGAGUGGGAUGAAGGCGAUGACCGCUCGUGUUUUCCAGCACCAGGUGCCGGGAGGCCAGUACUCCAACAUGUAUGCCCAGUGCCAUUCUCUUGGCGGGAAGAACUGGGACAAGGUCCUGCAGAUGUACGCGGACGUUAACAUGUGGUGCGGGGACAUUGUGAAGGUCACCCCUUCCUCAAAGGCAGUUGGAGACAUCGCGCUCUUCCUCGUGAAGCAAGGCAUUGAGCCGUCCGACUUCGACAACAUCCCAAAGAUGCAGUCCCUGCAGUGGCCACAAAGCGCCAUUGAGCUUGCCCGAGGCGAGAUGGGGACGCCCCACUUCGGCUUUCCCAAGCGAAUGCAAGCAGCCAUUCUGAAAGGUCAACUGAAGCCUAUGGAAGGCAGACCGGGCGACACCCUCGCUCCGGAGGAUUUCGAGAAGGUGAAGGCGGCCAUGAAGGAGGAGUUUGGCAUGGAGGCAUCAAGUGAGGACCUGAAUGCCUUCCUGAUGUACCCAGGGGUGUUCCGGGACUACAUGAAGCACCUGGCCAAAGCAGGGCCUCUGGCCACGUGUUUGCCAACCCCGGCCUUCUUCUACGGCUUGAAUGUGAAUGAGGCCAUCGAGUUCGAAGUUCCCGGGCCCAACCUCCUGGAAGCUGAGGCCAAGGACGACGCGUCUCUGUCGAAGACGACGGCCAGCAUCCAGCUGACCCGCGUGGGGCCUUUGGAGCGGGACAUGAGAACUUGCGAGUGGCUCGUGGACGGCGUCACCUACCAGGUCUGCAUCAAAGACCCGCCGAAGACCCUGUCCUACGCAGGUCCCAUGGCGGACCCUGCGAACAACGCCCACGUGGCCUGCCCUCUGCCCGGAGUCAUCCGCACGGCGGUCAAGGAAGGCGCCGAGGUCCGCUGGGGGGGGUUGGGGUUUAGGGUUUAG